AUGGCAGGUGUCAUAAGACCCAGGAGAGAAGGCACAGACACAGAGGAGAAGACCGAAAGAUUUAAUGGUGGGACAUAUCUUUCCUUCCAUCUUCUAUUUUGGCUAGAAGUAAGAAUGAGAAGGACUGUCUUCGGUGGUGUUUUUAUCUUAUUCUGCCUCUUAUGUGAUGUUGGAGGUCUGAUCUGUAGAUUAUGCAACCUUUCAAUUCCCUUCCAUGGAUGUAUUUUAGACUAUGGAACCUGCACAGCAAAACCUGGUCAGUUUUGUAUAAAAGAGACCCACACUAAAGGUGGAAUUUACUGGUUUUCAGUUAAAGGCUGCACAGAGUCCCAGGAGGAGUGCUUCAAGAGAACUGUGACACAUUACCAAGUUCAGACCUCUCACUGCUGCCAUCUUACUUUGUGCAAUUUCUGA